AUGGCCUGGCGCUGCUCUGGCAAGACCAAUGGAGAGCUCAUUAGCAAUUUACGGCGGGAGGGGCUCAUAUCGAGUGGUCGAGUGGCAGAGGCAAUGAAGCAGGUUGAUAGGGCAAAGUAUUGUCCGGAUAAGCGAGGGGCCUAUCAGGACUCGCCCCAGCCAAUAGGAUACUCUGCUACUAUUUCUGCGCCUCACAUGCAUGCGCAUAGUGCCGAGGAGCUGCUCCCCUACCUCACAGCCGACUCGUCGGUGCUUGACAUCGGAUCGGGCUCCGGAUACCUUCUCGCUGUGUUCCAUCACCUCGUAAAGCCAUUGCCAGGAGAAGAGGACAAGGUCAGCACUCAAAGACAGGGCAGCAGAGUCAUUGGAAUAGAACACAUCAGUGAGCUCGUAGAGCAAAGUAAGGACAAUCUCAAGGAUGAUGGGUUGGGUGAUGCGAUGGAGAGGGGCCAGAUCGAGGUCGUGAAGGGAGAUGGACGUCUGGGCUGGCCCCUUCGACAGCCAUACAACGCAAUCCACGUCGGCGCCGCAUCCCCACCCAGCGUUCUGGCGACUCUGGAAGCGCAGCUCGCCAAACCCGGACGGCUGUUCAUACCUGUGGAGGACCCAGAGACACGAGAGCAAGACAUCUGGCACAUCGACAAGGAUGCUCAGGGUAAUGUCACCAGAAAGAAGAUGUAUGGCGUACGCUAUGUCCCUCUGACCGACGAAGCCAGGCAAUACGGCUUCUGA